CACUCAUUCGCUCUCUAUGGUAUCAAUAUUGCCAUAUUUAAAGCCAAAUGGACAACCAUUGUCUUUGUCCACAUCAUUGCCAUAUUGUCUUCAAUGGGGGUUCAGUCGGGUGCGCACCGACUGUGGUCCCACCGGGCGUACAAAGCCAAGCUGCCACUGCGAAUCAUCCUGGCCUUUUUCCAUAUCAUGGCCUUUCAAAACGACAUAUACGAGUGGUGUCGCGACCAUCGGGUGCACCACAAGUACACGGAGACGGACGCCGACCCCCACAACGCCAAACGGGGCUUCUUCUUCUCGCACGUGGGCUGGCUGUUGGUCAAGAAGCACCCGGACAUCCGCGCGAAGGGCAAGAAUGUGGACUUAAGCGACUUAAUGGCUGACCCGGUCGUCCGAUUUCAGCGCAAAUUUUACAUACCUUUGCUUUUAGCCAUUUGGGGCGUCAUUCCCACCGUCAUUCCCCACUUGUUUUGGUCGGAGAGCCUGUGGAACGCCUUCUUCACGUGC